AGAGUGGAUUUCUCAAGAACUCUACCCUUAGGCUUUUGCACCAGUACUGAGCAGGGAUGAAAGAAGUGUAGAAGUGUGUGUGUGUGAGAGAGAGAGAGAGAGAGAGAGAGAGAAAGAAAGAAAGAGAGACAGGACAACGAAGCAGGAGUGUGACAAAAGGCUACUUUCAUGGGCACUUCUAGCCACUGAAUAACUGUGCUGCAAGUGUAGAGAAGGCAAAAAGGACCUGAGACGGUGUUGUGUGCUCGACACAAUGCUUCGCUCUACCCAGCUCUUUUGUUUGCUGGGGGUUGCAUUUCUGAUACAUGCAACUACGCCUGUGGCUGAAAGACAGACUGGAGAGGUGACGCAUAACCAUGCAGAGACAAACUUAACAAAUCUUCCUGUAGUGACAUUGAGAUGGGAUCAUGUGGAGACUCCUUACCUGGUAGUACUGUGGAUACUUGUUGCCGGAGUGGCAAAGGUCUCUGUGAUACAAAUGAAUACCUGGCUCAAAAGCUUUUUUCCCGAGAGUGGACUCCUGAUCAUCUGUGGUUUUAUUCUGGGUGGUAUCGUCUGGGGUGCUGACAAGGUACAGACAUUCUCACUCAGCCCAAGAAACUUCUUCUACUUCUUACUGCCACAGAUCAUCCUGGACACGGGCUACUUCAUGCCCAACAAGCUUUUCUUCAGCAACCUGGGUGCCAUCUUGGUUCAUGCUGUUAUUGGGACAGUCUGGAAUGCAGCUGCAGUGGGGGUCAGUCUGUGGGCCUGCUAUCUAGGAGGAGCUAUGGGUGAACUCGACAUCGGACUGUUACAGUUUCUGCUAUUCGGCAGCCUGCUUGCUGCUGUAGAUCCAGUGGCUGUGAUUGCUGUGUUUGAGGAGGUGCAUGUAAAUGAAGUGCUGUUCAUCUGGGUGUUUGGAGAGUCGCUGCUCAAUGACGGAGUCACAGUGGUGCUGUACAAUGUUUUUGAUGCCUUUGUGUCACUGGGAGGGGCAAAGAUUAAUGCUGGUGAAAUCAUCAAAGGCAUAGUCUCAUUUUUUGUAGUGGCAUUUGGAGGUUCAUUAGUUGGCGUUGCGUUUGCCAUCAUCAUCUCACUGUUGACCAAGUUUACGGGGAAAGUUCAGAUCAUUGAGGCUGGUUUCAUCUUCGUGCUUGGCUAUCUGUCUUACCUCACAGCCGAGAUGCUUUCACUCUCUUCCAUCCUUUCAAUCACUUUCUUCGGUGUUUGUUGCCAGAAAUAUGUGAAUGCUAACAUGGAUGAAAAGUCUGUUACUACAGUGCGGUACGCUAUGAAAGUAUUUGCAAUUGGCUCAGAGACCAUGAUCUUUGUCUUCUUGGGUGUCACCGCCAUCGAUAAUGUCAUCUGGGUGUGGAAUACUGGCUUUAUUCUCCUUACACUGCUCUUCGCUCUAGUCUACAGAUUUAUUGGUGUCUUCGCCUUGACCUGGAUUCUAAACCAGUCUAGACUGGUUCCCAUAGAGACCAUUGAUCAGAUAGUGAUGAGUUAUGGUGGAUUGCGUGGGGCCGUGGCAUAUGGGUUGUCAGCUUCAUUAGAUGAGACCAGGAUUAAAGAGAAGAACUUAAUUAUCAGCACAACACUCAUUGUGGUGUACUUCACCGUCAUCCUUCAGGGUCUCACUAUGAAGCCUCUUGUCAAAUGGCUAAAAGUUAAGAGGGUGGCUCCAUCUGACCUGAAACUUAUUGAGAAAGUGAACAACAGGGCAUGUGAGCAUAUUCUGGCAGCAAUGGAGGACAUUUCUGGACGCAUAGGAGAUAACUGGUGGACCAGAGGAUGGAAGCGGUUUGAGGAGACGUACAUCACCUGGUUUUUGAUGAAGGCAGAAGCCAGGAAAAACAACGACUACCUUUUCAGCAUCUUCCACAAACUUAAUCUGGAGGACGCUGUUAAUUAUGUUACCGAGGGAGAAAAACGAGGAUCUCUGGCUUUCCUGCACAACAAUGAAGGCACUAAUGUUAAUUUUGAGAAAAAAUUUGGUUUGGAGUUUUCUGGAGUGAUGCCUGACAUCACAUCUGAGUUAGACUAUGGCACUGACAACGUGCCAGUGACCUCCAUCAUACGGGACAACAUUCCCUCUGUGUCUCUGAACAUUCAUGAGCAAGACACAAAAGCCAUCAAUGAGGACAUCAAUGCUCACCACUUACUGCAGCAACAUCUGUACAGGAGCAGGAAAAAUCACCGCCACAGGUACAGCCGUAGUGACUUCACCAUCAACCAGAAUGAAGAUGAGGUACAGGAGAUCUUCCAGAGAACCAUGAGAAGUCGCCUGGAAUCGUUCAAAUCUGCCAAGAUGGGAGUGACUCCUGCCAAGAAAAUCACAAAGCAUCCCAAGAAAGAGCCAAACCAGAAAAUGUCUAAUUGGAAGGGUCAAGAAAACGCAGCCUAUCCAUAUGGAGAUGAAGAUUUCGAGUUCUCAGAAGUAGACAGUACGUCCAGUGGUGAUGGAAGGGCUGCAGGUGGCACUUCCCCCUCGAGAUACACAACUGGAGGCAUAGAAAACCCAGCAUUCAUGCCAGAGAUGGAUGCUCCUCCUCCUCCAUGGUUAACAGAGGCUGAGAACGACACGAGCGUGGCACCUUCUCAAAGGGCGCAGCGCCGCCUGCCGUGGAGUCCCAACAACCUGCGCCGCCUGGCACCUCUGAGGAUCAGUAACCGCUCGACAGACUCCUUUCUGAUGGCGGAUGCUCCUUCCACGGAGGAAUCAUUCGAGGAACCAUUUGAGGAACCACCUAAAAAGGAUGGCACACAUCUGUAGCCUUCAUAUUACUAUUUAACAUUAGCUUGCCACAUCGUUGGAUCAGGAUUUGCCUGAUGGCUAUGAAGUAUGCGUAUGAAUAUGAGUACAAUUAGCAUACAAUUUAGAGGUUAGUGUUUCUGUUAUAUUUAAUUGCUUGUACUUGCUUAUCUCCAUCUGGUGAAGACAUUCAUAUUAGCGGUUCCAGUGGUUACUUUUCACUCGAGUACUUUUUUCUUGGACGGUGGAAAGUUACAGGAAUGUUCCAGUAUCCAGUCCUGCAGUUGAUAAAUUAUGUUGGAAAUGUCGUUUUGAGUGUAAUAUUCAUAGUAUCCGUUCCAUAACUAGAUAUGUGGUUUACUCCCAACAGCGUAUAGGGAGGAAAAAAAGAACAAUACUUUUAUAGUAAUGUUGAAUGGAUUAACGUCAACAUAUAUUUUGCGUAAAAGCACUUGUACUUGAGGAAGUUAUUAUAUACUUGAUCUUUCUUUCUUUCACCAAUAGGUGAUCGAUAAAUUAUUCUGAAUUUCCCGACCAACAUUCUAUGAUCUUGUUCUGCUCGUGUACUGAUUCAGCUUCUGAGCUUGGUGUUAUUUGUUAUUUGCUCAGUGCAUAUAGCAAGCCUGAAAUCCUCUGUGAACUCUCUCCAUACUGAAACUUGUAAAAUAAAGUGGAUGGUUAUUUAUUUAUCAAGUAAGUAAUUUAAUUCUUUAUGUCUAAAUAUAACCCUCUAUCUAUGCUAAUGUAAUAAGAAUUUGAAUUUCUAUAUGCUGCCUAAAUCUUCCGAAAAUAAUAAAAUGUGAUCUUUUCCAGA